AGGAAGUAUACAUAUAUACAUAGAUUUUAUAGUACAAUUAGUAUCUACUCAUUUCACAUUAUAACUCACUUUACUAACAUUUUACUAAUCGAUUUAAAUCGAAUCAUUGGUUACACUUGUGAUUAUUUCGAGAAAAAAAAACAGUUUACACCAUUUAUCUGAUUGGUCAUUAUGAAGAUGAAUGAAAAAAAUAAAAUAAAUUUUUCUCUGUCUCUCUAAACUAUAAUAUCAAUAUUUAUGCAUAUUGAUCAUUGAAUUUAUACAUGUUUGUUCAAUGUAGAUAAUAUGAACAUGAUUAUACUAUUCAUUUUUAUUUAAAGACUUUGAGCAUUCAAUAAAUCAUAUACACAAUUUAGAUUUUUAUUAAUUUGUACCCUCUAUUUUUUUCUUAUUCAAAUAACCACGAUAACAAAAAAACCAAAACCAAAACUCAAAUAAACAUCCUACUUUUAUUAUUGAAAUGUAAUAUGAAUAUAUAUAGAUGUAUCUAUACAAUGAGAUUGUAUAUAUUAUUUAAAUUAUAAUCUAAUCACAUUCAUUUAUUCAGUCAGUCAGUCAGUUACAACGUGGAACUUCGUACGUAGGCAGGAAUAAUCUAGUUAAAUUAAUGAUGAAUAAACAUUCAUUAACUACUAUUACACCACUAUUAUGUAUUACAAUACAUAUAGAAAAUUAUAUAGAAUUACAAAUUAAUGAUGAAUAUAAUUUACCAAUAUUACAAUAUCGUUAUGAACAAUAUUUUAAAAAUCCAUGGAAACAACCUAAAAAAUUAAUUAAAACUAAAUUAAUUUUAACUUAUACAUCAUUAAUAUUAAAAGAUGCAUCAUGGUGGCCAUUUCGUUUAGAAAAUUCUAUUAAUUAUAAUAAAAUACAAAAAUGUUUUAUUAUUAAUCAAAAAAAUUUAAAAUUUGCAAUUGGUUUAUAUGAUGAAAAUUAUAUUGAAAAACAAUUUAUUAUAAUUAAAACAAAAAAUAUUUAUGAUUUAGAAAAAUUAAUACAAUUUAUUGAUACACAAUUAUUAAUAUGGAAAUAUACUAUAAAUAAACAAAUUAAUUAUUCUUCUAAUCAAAGAGACAACACAACAAAUAAUAAACAAUUAAUAUCAUUUGAUAAAACAUUAAAUAGAAAAAAUUUAAUGAAUAAAAAAUAUACUACUCAUAAUAAAAAUGAUAACAAUAUAAUGAAUUCAUUAGAAAAUAAUAGUAGUAUAUUAGAUAUCGAUUAUAAUACUAAUAAUAAUAGUAAUAAUAAUAAUCCUCGGUAUUAUUCUCAACAAUGUGCUCAAGAUGAUAAUGAUUAUAAAUCAAUAUUACAAAUAUAUCCUAAUGUACAUAAUAAUGAUUUCUAUCAUGAUAAAAGAAUAAUUGAAACCAUUCCAAGUACAUCCAAUCAUUUUAAAUCUAAUAAUGAAUAUCAAAAACGACGAAUAAGAAAAGAAAAGGAAGGAUUCAGAAAAUUAAAGAAUAAACAUUGUCAAACAGAUUUAAUAUAUAUUGAUGAAAAUAAUAUAAAAUCAUGGGAAGUUGAUAUUAAACACGUACGUUAUGAUCCUAUACAAGGAAAUAUAUUAGAUGAUAAUGGUUCAGUUUAUUUAUAUUCUGCACAUGAAAUUGAUUAAUUUAUUUAAUAAAUAAUUAAUCAAUUUUUUGUUGUCAAGGGAUUUAUUAAGAUUAAAUAUGUUUUUAAUUCUGAUUUAAUAUUUUAGUGUAAUGAAUGGAUUAAUGAUUUGUUCAUUUUGUAUUUUAUUGACAACUAUAUAUUUCAUGUUUAUCAUAUUGACAUACUUUUUAAAGUGAUAUUCUAUAUCCGAAAAAAUUUCGCUGUAAUCUAUAUUCAUUAUUAAAUAAAUUGAGAUAAACAAAAUUGAGAUAAAUUGUUGUAUGCGUUGCUAAGUAAAUGUAAUAAAAAUAACUAUUGAGAUGUUUAA